UUUUGCGGGAUGGCGGCAAGUGGAGAGGAGAGACCGGGAGAGAAGAGAAGCGCCGAGGAGGAGCCGGUCCUGUCCCUGCUGGACGUGCUGGAGGAGGACGAGGCUCUGCAGGACGAGGCGUGUGCUGUGCUGGGGGGCAGCGACGCCGAGAAGUGCUCAUUCCCGCAGGGCUAUGUGAAGAGGCAAGCUCUGUACGCCUGCAAUACCUGCACCCCGGAUAAAGAGGAGCCGGCCGGGAUAUGUCUGGCCUGUACAUACAAGUGUCAUGAAGGCCACGACCUGUUCGAGUUGUACACAAAGAGGAACUUUCGCUGCGAUUGCGGAAACGCCAAAUUUAAACAGCUGGAGUGCAAAUUAUAUCCCGAUAAGGAGAAGAACAAUGUGGCUAAUAACUACAAUGACAAUUUCUUCGGUCUGUACUGCACAUGUAAGAGACCGUAUCCCGAUCCUGAGGACGAGACCCCAGAUGAGAUGAUCCAGUGUAUAGUGUGUGAGGACUGGUUUCAUGGCCGGCACUUAGGGGCAGUUCCACCAGAGAAUGUGGAGUUUCAGGAGAUGGUGUGUCAGGGCUGUAUGGAUCGAUGUUCAUUUCUUUGGGCCUACUCUGCCAAGAUAGGAGUUCCUGGUGUCACCAAGAUUACCAAAGCAGAAACAGAUCAUGAAGAGGUUAAAGUUGAUGACUGUCCUACAGAAACGGCCGGCAAUCAGAAUGGGCCAACAGUAAAAAGUGAAGAAGUGAAGGUGGAAAUAUCAAAGCUGCCUGAGGUGAAGGAGGACAUAAAGGAGAAAGAGAAGCCAAGCUGUCCAUCUACCAGCGCCAGCGGCGAUCAGAAAUAUUGUAACGGGGAAAACGUCUCAGGCUUCAAAGACGGGAAUAAAACCCCACAUUGUGUGCAGACUUGAAGAAUACGGAAAGGUCCAGGGGCCCGCCACCAACACUGCCACCUACUGGCCAAACAACUGGCGCAGUCAACUCUGCAGAUGUGCUGAAUGCAUGAAAUUGUACACAGAUUUGGACGUGCUGUUCCUGUUGGAUGAAUGUGACACAGUUCAGGCUUAUGAAAAUAAAGGGAAGUCGGAGGAGCAAGAGGCCAGAGACCCUUUGAUGACGGCACUCAGCAGCAUGAACCGCGUCCAGCAAGUGGAGCUGAUCUGCGAAUACAAUGACCUGAAGUCCGAGCUGAGAGAUUAUCUGAAGAGAUUUGCCGAGGAAGGGAAGGUUGUACAGAGCGAAGACAUUCAGAAGUUCUUCGAGGAUCUGCGCUCCAAGAAGCGGAGACGGGUGGACGGCAUGCAGUAUUAUUGCAGUUAG